AUGAGUCACAUUAAACUUACACAAGUGUUAAUACAUAAUAAUCCGGCCAAUUUCGAUACACCUCUAAUAUUUGAUAUAUCAUUUGAAUGUAUAUCACCAAUUAAAGAAGAAUUAGAAUGGAAAGUAGUAUAUGUAGGAUCAGCAGAUUCAGAGAAGAACGAUCAAUUGUUGGAUAGCAUUUUAUUGGACCCAGUAUCUGUUGGUACCUAUCAGUUUGUAUUCGAAGUAGAUCCACCCGAUUCAUCACGUAUCCCAAAAGAUGAUCUCCUGGGUGUUACCGUUGUCUUUUUAAUCUGUGCAUACAAAGGAAGAGAUUUCAUUCGUCUAGGUUAUUAUGUUAGUAACUCUUAUUGCGAUCAAGAGCUCAUUGAUGUAGGUUUAUCAAUCAAUUACCACUAA